CCCCGCGCGCAGGUGCGAGCGGCGGGGCGUGGCCUGGCCGGCCCCUCAGGUGCGGCCGGCCCGAGGCGGCGGUGCGGCCGCUGCUGCCGCCGCCGGUGCCCCGAGAUGGCGGCCCCCGGCGGGCUGGGCCGCUGCGUGGCCGCCUUCUGGCUGGCGCUGGCCUUCGACGCGCUGGGGCUGGCGGUGCUGCUGGCCGGCGUGUUCGCCGACGUGUUCUUCUCCGACCUGCUCAUCUACGCGGGCGGCAUCGGCAUCUUCCUCAGCCUCAUCUGGUGGGUGUUCUGGUACGCGGGCAACCUGGAGGUGCCGCCGGAGGAGCUGCGCGACGACGUGGGGCUGGCGCCGCCCAAGGGCCGCGGGGACAGCCUGCUGCGGGGGCUGGUGCACGGCCUGAGCCGCCGCCUCUCCUCCGCCUUGGCGCCCGGGCCGCGCUCCCGCGCCGCCGCCGCCGAGCUGGAGCUGCAGCGCGCCCGGGGCCCGCGGGGCCGCCCCGCCGACGGCGGCAGGGUCUGUUGAAGACACGACUACCCAUGUUACUGCCUCUGAAGGUGGGGAAGUACUGCAAAUUGUGGAAAGAGAAUUCCCUGCUCAAUGAAAUAGGAUUCCCUCGUGAUUAAAUAAUCUCUGCAGCCGUUGUGGACUCUGCAUCAAAUGGACACAUGGAGCCGUAUCUCUGCCAAAUGAACCUGUUUCAGUGUUGGACUGAAUAGUUUUUUGUGUGUUUUUUCUUUUUUCUACCAUUUCAAAACAUAAAUUAGUUCUCUUAAGAAAUAAGAGCUAAAAAAGACGCAAUCCUGAUUCACAGAAAUCACUGCAGCAUGUAAUAUAGAUUUUAUUAUUAUUAUUAUUAUUUUUAUUAACCUGGGAAUGUUUGGAUGAAAAGCUCUUGCACAAUGAAAAGCUCUUGCACUGUUUUACCAAAGUUUGAAAGUUAAACUUACUGUGAAUUUUUAUGAUACCAGUGCAAUACUUUUGUUUGUAAGGGUGCUUUUAAAAUACCUGCGUUAAAAUACUGAUGCGAAGUUGCGAAUGUAGUAGAAGUUGUUUAUAGUGUAAAUACACAAUUUACAGUGACUCUUGUAAAGUUGCAUCAUUAUUUUGGAAUAACUUGGAAUUUGAGAUUUUAUAUGUAGACAAGUAAAACCAGUGAUGUUUUCAUACCCGUACAUUCUUCAUAGUUGCAAAUGAUGUAGUGUGAUGACUCUAAGAAGAGGCGUUUUUGGUCCAGUGACAUUGGGAGUUAUCUUCCGAAUGCUGAAGGAUUUGGGGUGGGGGGAACACCACGCAAAAAACCCCACCCUGUUGAUUAACAGAUACUCUGAUGUAUUAUAGUAACAAAUUUACAUUUAGAUGUAACUGAGAAGUAGCACCUGGGAAAAGAUUUUUAUUAAAGUUGUUGAUACGUAAAA